AUGGCUCCUAUUAUAGUUGGCAUUAUUGGCUAUGGCUUUUCUGCCAAGAGCUUUCAUCUCCCAUUCAUCACAGCCAUCCCAGACUACGAGGUUGUUGCUAUCUUGCAGAGAGCUGAAGCUCCUUCAGAUCCGACUUCUGCUCCUAAGGGUUCCCACUGCACCGUUGACUUCCCGAUGACUAAACAUUACCGUACAGCGGAUGAGUUCUUUGCCGACCCAAGUAUUCAGUUUGUCGUCAUCGCAACUCGUACAGAUACUCAUGCUCUCUUUGCAGAGAAGCCCUUCUUGCGGGCAAGCACGCUGAUCAAGCUGACUGUCACUGAGGAUGGUGAUUUCCAAACUCUUAAGACCCUCGUUGAGAAGGGCGCGUUGGGCAAUAUUAUGGAAGCCGAAAUCCACUAUGACUUCGAGUCGCCGCCCUGGCUUUCGAUGAUGACACAGAAGAAGCAUACACCUGGCUCUGGCAUGGCCUUCGGCCUCGGUUACGUCGACCAGGCUCUUGCCCUCUUCGGACGGCCUCAGUCUGUGACUGGUUUCUUCCGUGCCCAGCGUGGCAUUGAAAGUAAAGUCGAGGACUCUUUUACCAUUGUUCUGCAGUACAGUGGGGUCCAGAAGGACCUGCUUGUCACUGUCAAAACAUCCGUCACGACCCCUAUGGAACGACAGCUCAAGCAACUGGUUCGUGGAACGAAGGGCUCUUACAUCAAGUUUCAACAACGUAGUACCUGCCCGCAGGAGGAGAUGAUUGGUGCUGGACUCAAGCCCCUCGACGAAGGAUUUGGUGUUGAAUCUGAGAAGAUGCGCGGCAUACUAACCACCUACGAGAAAUUUGAUGCCAGCGUCCAAACCUAUGAUACAGAGACGAACAAGUAUACAGGCCCAUAUCCGACGAUGACAGGGAGAUGGAUGGGUUUGUAUGAGAAUGUAGCGGACGCGAUCAACGGCAAGGGAGACUUGGCUGUCAACCCAACACAGUCAAGAGAUGUGUUGAGAAUCAUUGAGCUCGCAAGGGAGUCACACGAGAAAGGUAUCACGGUUCAGUGGAACUAA